AUGGCCGGUGAAUUUAGUGCAAGUAUCAGUAGAAGUAGAAAACACACCGAAUCCACCGUGACCGAACCGCCUGAUUGUAAAUCGCCAAGCUUUAUCACAGAAGAGACUCAAUUUUUUGGUAAAGGAAACAGGAGAACUUCAACUCCAGUAGGAACUAAAAAUAGGAGAAGUAGAAGCGUGAGCAGCACUAGAAUUACACCGUCAGUUCUGAGUUUGUCUGACGAGAAUUUUUAUAAGGAUUUAGAAGUUUACGUUAAAGAAAUGUCGGCAACGAGAGAUACCAUGGACGCAGGAGCAGAACCAGACGUGUGGAGUCAGCUUCAACAGAAGGAAUCUGAUCUCUUGCUAGCUGCGGAACUAGGGAAGGCACUGUUGGAGAAGAAUGAGGAAUUAAAGAAGGAACAAGAGCGCAUUUCUGAGGAGUACUCCAAGAAACUUGAGGUGAGUAAUUAG